AGCGUCGCUGGAAUGUGCGUGAACCUUUCGAAGCAUCAUCUGCGUCACUCUCGCGUCCGUGGGAGCUUCGUGCAGCUCCUUUUCAGCACUUUUGGAAAAGGCAGUGCUGUCCCUGUGCUCGCGCGUGAGCGUGCUGGCUUUUAACGAGAUGGCCUUGCAGUCGUUCCCUCGCGCUGGGUUUAAAGCAGCUCUAAGUGACCAUAACGUCACACAUGACUCACACUGAUCGUCUCCUCUUCUCGCUGCUCGCCUGAAGCGCCGGAGAGAAAGUGCGUGCGAGAAACUUUGCAGAGACAGAAAAGCGGCGAUUGCGCUAAUGAUGUUUUGGAGUAGCAGCAUAAGAGCUCGUGAACUCUCUGUGGCUUGGUGACGGGCGUUGGGGGGAUCCGGCUGAACCCUCACCACUCCCCUCCUCUGGGCCACUGCAACACCCCCAGCGGAAUCACGGACUGUGUGCGUUUUGGGAAUUUCUGAUGUGCGGCUCGAAAGUAGCGUUCAACGCUCUGAGGGUUUUCAGCAGGGCAGGGCGCGCAUGACAUCGGGAUAAUCCCCCUGAGGAAAAAAGGAUAUAGACCCGAGGCUGCACCCAGGCGUGAUUUAUCUGAGGACGUCCCGCCACAAAUGGCCACUGCUCCCCCGCUCCGCCCCGUGGCCAGGAUGGAGAGCUGUGCUGUCGAUAGGAUGCAACCUGAUGAAUAGCACGUCUCACAGGGUGAAGAUGUUGCCUGGCCGUGUGUAGCAAAUCGAUGAGGGAAUACUUGCCAUGCGAAGAGCUGCUGAGUGUUUUGACACCCCUGUGUUCUGAAGGCCCAGCCACUUGGCUUCAAUCACAGCCAUCCCGCAAGUGGAUAUUAUAAACUAGCACUGCUGCUGCUGGGUGUUGGCGGGGGUGGGGGGGUUUAGCGCACCAAUAGGUGGUGCGGCGGAAAAGGAAUCAUGCUCCUGCAGCGGCCUAGCAGGUUCCGCGGUGGCUGGAGAGCCGUGCAGCCGCGACCCGGCCUCAGCGCCGUUCUUGACCUGCCAUCCCUGCUUUGGCUGCUGGGCCUGGCUCUGCAGGCCUUACCGGCUGCCUCGCAGAAGCUGGACGAGACGGACCCAGUGGUCACCACGACCUACGGCAAGCUAAGGGGCUUCAAAAAAGAACUCAACAAUGAGAUCCUAGGACCUGUCAUCCAGUUUCUGGGCGUGCCCUACGCAGCACCCCCUAUUGGGGAGAGGCGCUUCCAGCCCCCCGAGCCACCUGUUUCUUGGCCGGACAUCCGGAACGCCACUCAAUUUGCCCCGGUCUGCCCACAGACUAUUUUAGAGGGCAGAUUGCCGGAUGUCAUGCUUCCAGUAUGGUUCACCAACAGCUUGGAGGUGGUGUCAUCCUAUGUACAGGACCAGAGUGAGGACUGUCUUUUCUUAAACAUCUACGUGCCCACUGAGGAUGUCAAAAGAAUAUCCAAGGAAUGUGCCAGGAAACCCGGCAAGAAAAUAUGUAGAAAAGGAGGUCCUCUUACAAAGAAACAGAAUGAUGAUUUAGGUGAUAAUGACGGUGCAGAGGAUGAAGACAUUCGUGAAAGUGGGAGUCCCAAGCCGGUGAUGGUAUUCAUCCAUGGAGGAUCUUAUAUGGAAGGCACAGGAAAUAUGUUUGACGGCAGCAUCUUGGCCAGUUAUGGCAACGUCAUUGUCAUAACCCUGAACUACCGGCUCGGCGUGCUAGGUUUUUUAAGCACAGGAGACCAGGCGGCCAAAGGGAACUAUGGGCUCCUAGAUCUAAUCCAAGCAUUGCGCUGGACUAGUGAAAACAUCGGCUUCUUUGGCGGUGACCCUUUACGCAUUACUGUUUUUGGAUCUGGGGCCGGGGCCUCUUGUGUGAACCUCCUCACUCUGUCCCAUUAUUCUGAAGGUAACCGCUGGAGCAAUUCAACCAAAGGUCUCUUCCAGAGAGCUAUUGCCCAGAGUGGUACAGCCCUGUCCAGCUGGGCUGUCAGUUUCCAGCCUGCUAAGUACGCCCGCAUGCUGGCCAAAAAGGUGGGCUGCAACUUCAAAGACACAGUGGACCUGGUGGAGUGUCUACAGAAGAAGCACUACAAGGAGCUUGUGGAGCAGGACAUCCAGCCUGCACGCUACCACAUCGCCUUUGGUCCUGUCAUUGAUGGCGAUGUCAUCCCUGAUGACCCGCAGAUCCUCAUGGAGCAAGGGGAGUUCCUGAACUAUGACAUCAUGCUGGGGGUCAACCAGGGCGAGGGCUUGAAGUUUGUCGAGCUCAUCGUGGAUAAUGAGAACGGUGUUCAGGCUAAUGACUUUGACUACGCCGUGUCGAGUUUUGUGGACGACCUGUAUGGCUACCCUGAGGGCAAGGAUAUCCUGCGAGAGACGAUUAAGUUCAUGUACACCGACUGGGCUGACCGUCACAAUCCAGAGACCAGGAGGAAGACACUGCUUGCUCUUUUUACUGAUCACCAGUGGGUGGCACCCGCAGUGGCCACGGCAGACCUACACUCCAGCUUUGGAUCUCCCACUUAUUUCUACGCCUUUUACCACCACUGCCAGACGGAGCAGGUGCCACCCUGGGCAGAUGCAGCACACGGAGACGAGAUCCCCUAUGUUUUCGGCUUGCCAAUGAUUGGACCCACCGAGCUCUUCCCCUGCAACUUUUCCAAGAAUGAUGUGAUGCUCAGUGCUGUAGUGAUGACGUACUGGACCAACUUUGCCAAAACUGGCGACCCCAACCAACCAGUGCCACAGGACACCAAGUUUAUCCACACUAAGCCCAACCGCUUUGAGGAAGUGGCCUGGACACGCUACAACCAGAAAGACCAGCUCUACCUUCACAUUGGCCUCAAGCCCAGAGUGAAAGAGCACUAUCGCGCCAACAAGGUCAACCUGUGGCUGGAGCUGGUUCCCCACCUGCAUAGCCUCAACGAGGUCACCCAGAUCAUCUCCACCACCACCAAGGUUCCACCAGCAGAGGUCACACCACGUGCCCCCAAGAAGAUUCCAGCCAACACCAAGCGUCCCUUCCCCACGCCCUUCCCUACUGAAACACAGGACAGCCAGAACCAGAACCAAAACCAGCCCUUCCUGGUGGACCAGCGGGAUUACUCUACAGAGCUGAGCGUGACCAUCGCCGUGGGUGCCUCACUGCUCUUUCUCAACAUCCUGGCCUUUGCCGCGCUUUACUACAAGAAGGACAAGCGGCGACAUGAGGUGCACCGGCGCUGCAGCCCACAGCGCACCACGGCCAACGAGCUGCCCCACACGCAAGAGGAGGAGAUCAUGUCCCUGCAGAUGAAGCACAGCGGACUUGAGCGAGAGUGUCGUGAGGCCAUGCACCCGCAUGAGGUGGUCCUCAGGACUGCCUGCCCGCCCGACUACACGUUGGCCAUGCGCCGCUCACCUGAUGACAUCCCACUCAUGACCCCCAACACCAUCACCAUGAUCCCCAACAGCAUGCCCGGUCUCAGCUCACUGCACCCCUUCAACAGCUACCCCAGUGGACAGAACAACACACUGCCUCACCCACACCCUCACUCACAUUCUACCACCAGAGUAUAGCCUCAUACGUGCGUGGCGCCGCUUUCAAGCACACCCAACUACACACAGAUAGACACACCUGGACAAUACACACACUCACCCACAGGCAUACCGUACAAGCCCGCGGAUUUCUUGGGGAAUAUGUGUGCGCUUGCUGUUUCGAGGAACAUGUGGAAUAUGGCACAGGGUUUUUUUGAGCUCCCUGGGAGGAAAACUAUCAUUUUCUAUUAGAAAAAAAGGAAAUGAGAAAAUGUGGGAAACAUUUCAAAUCUAAUGAAAAACAGAGAUGGAUGUCUUUUUUUUCUUUUUAGUCCUGCUGUUGUGACGAAGCCAGGCCCAUUUCCUGGCAAACAGUUAUCACUCCAGGUUGCUUGGAACGAUGGCUUGAUUCAGUUACCCAGGGAGGAAACAGCAGCAGCAGCGGUGGAGAUGGUGUGUGGGAGGCCCCUUUGUAAAUGAAAGAAAGCAUAUUGUUUUCCUGAGGCAUCGGAUUGUAGAUUACUCUCUCUAGAGCAGAGAGGAGAUGCUGCUUACCUAAUUUAGGCAUGUGUUCUCCUAAGGAUGGAGGCAUUGUAAGAUACGGAAUAAAACAUGAACGGAGAAAAAGAGGAGGCCAAGAACUCCUCGAAAAUAUGCACAAUAGAGACAUUCACCAAAUGUCUUGGAAUCUUUUUGUCAGUUUAUUUUUUGGGAACAAUUUUAUUGUAUAGAAUCUAUUUACAUAUCUAGAUAUGUACACAAAGCACCAAUGCUGUUUAAGCCCUGACUGCAGGGUGUCAGUACUGGAAAAAUCUGCCAGCAGGUCAUAUAGCGAGUGGGAAGUUCACUGUUUUUUCUGGCAGAUACAGCUUCAUCACACAAGUGCUGUCUAUUUGGAGAACUGGCGGACAAAUAAAAAAGGGAAGCUGGAUAUUUUUAGCACGAAGCGCAUGACAAUUUAUCUGCUUGGUGGCUGUUCUGCUGAUUAAGUCAUUAUUAAAAAAAAAAAAAAGAAGAAGAAUUUUCAUCCCCAUUGGAUUUGUUUGAGGAAAACUGCUCUGAAUGGCCCACAAACCUACCGAAAUUGGAAUACAGUGACAAAAGCGAAGGCGGCGGGUCCUGAUUGGAUGUGGGGAAGGGAAAGGGAUGGGUAUAUGCUAAAUAGAGUGCAUUCACAAAUAGCUUGAGUGAACCUGGUUAUAAGGACUAGUUUUGUACAAUGUGUGUUGGUAAAUCUUUUUAAUAGUGGUGAAUCACUUGCUGUUUGAGAUCCCAUGUGUGGGACAUUCAUUGUACUCUUUUUAAUUUGCUCAUUUUGUUCUCAGCUAUUCUACAUUGUUUUUUAUGUUUAUCUGUUUUGUUUGGGUUUUUUUCUUCUCAUCUCUGGCUUAUAGGCAAGGACCACUUUUACCUUACAAAACAACCUGCGUGGUUUAAUUUUCAUUCAUUUCUUUGUCUAACUUAUCAAGAAGUCCCCCCUGCAUAACUGAUGCCCCGGGGCUAGGAAGAAACGAAGACAUGUUGCUGGGAAUCGUUCUGCAUAACUUUAGCACUCUGGUACGAUUGGUUGCGUUGAUUUUUAUAUUUUGUUUUUUUUGCUUGUGCCCUUUAUUAAGUCCAUGCUGUAGCCCUGCUUAAAGACGAAUGCUUAUAAAUUUCUGCCUGUUGCAGGGAGGCUAUCUGCUGAUAGUGUGGAUUCGGAGGCCCUCUCAUCCUACUCCUCCGCAUCAGAUUGCAGCAGGUGCAGAGGUGGCAGUUUAAGGAAGAGGGAAGCCCUUACCAUUUCCAAGCAAGCUAUACUAGUAAAGCAGCCCCCAUCUGCAUCCACAGUACUAGUCAUGGCCCUCUUGCAAGUCUAUGUAAAUUGGCAUUUGUAUCAUUUAGACGUUCGUUUUUGUCCCUGCUAUGGUCAUUGCUGCACAAAACUAGCCAUUUGGCCAUUUCUCUUUCUAUCUCUAUUCAUUUUGUCCCUUUUUCAGCCUCCUCACCAAAUGCAAACAUGUUAUCACCCCGCAGAGAAGGAACCUGUCAAACACAGACAAGAUUUGGGUUUAUCAACAGCUUGAGUUUCAAAGUGCGUUAGAAUUUAGGCUUUACUUCCCCCAGCAAGUUGAACAGACUUUGUAUGGCUAGAGACAAAAAUGCUCUCUUUUCCUUGCUAAUCCUUGUGCUUUGUACGGACCAUCACACCUGGCUGCAUGGCUGGCCGAAGGCAUCACUCAUGGUCAUGCACAAUUCAUUUGAAACUUCAGACGUAUGACUAAGACAGCUCCAACGAGGAGAAAUAAAAGGAAUAUUCCAGCUGAAUCUGCUGAAUCUGUAGCAUAUUUUUGAUUAUGAUAUGUAACUAACAUACAAGUGAUAUAUUUUCCUUUGUAUCAGUAAAAAAAAAAAAAAAAACAGAAACCCAUUGAAUUGAACAACACUUUCGGCAUCUCCCCAUUUGCUUCUAUUAUACGUGUAUUUUAGUCAACAGGUUUUAUGAUUAUGGUCCAUUGUAAACAUCCCAAUGCUACAGAGGCAGCAGAUAGAGAUUUAGGUUGAAAAACACUGGAGUAGACCUUUAAUUAAACAGCUUGUAAGCUGAGAAGUUCAGACAGACAGGAUCUGUUUGAGAAAGUUGCCAUGACACAGUGCAGCGCCGGCGAGAGGCAAGUGGGAGAGGAAAAGAGAAAAGGACAAAGAAAAAGGAAAGAAUUAUGCAGCUCUCUCACCGCCCCGGCGACCUGUGACAUUCUGCGAGUCCCAAACAAGAUGUUCCUGCCUAGAACACGGCCUCCCUGGGGCUGCUCGGCUCCGUGCUGGCCCUGUGUAGCAGGACGGUAAAUACAGCGCAGAAUAAGCCCUCUUCCCCCCAAACGCCAUACCAUUAACUAAAAUCCUUCAGCAUAUCCCCCCUCACUCAAUCAAUACAGGUAUGAAUAUGCAAAGCAGCCCUGCCCUGAGCCCUCAUUCCAAAUGAGGCUCCUUUUCAACAGUGUUAAAAUUUAAUGAGCCGUUCACACAAGGGGCCGCUUUGAGGAUUCUUCCCGUGCAUUUGCAUGUAGGGCCAAGGUGAGAGCUGGGAUACAUCUGUAACCGCAGAGGACUCCUGAAGCGUUUCCUGAACUCCUGAAGUCCCACACACACAUAAGCAACAGGACGAAGCCUCAUGACUGAAUGUAAUACAAUAUUGAGUGCCAUUUAUAAACAGUAACCAAACCACAUAAAUCUGUUUCCUUUUUUAUUUUUAUUUUUUUUUCUUCUUCUUCUGUCUCAGCUUCAAAGGGAUGAUCAAAAAUGCCUGUUCAUAGAGACCAUAUCAGAGGGGAGUUGUAAUGUAGAUUAUUUGUCAUUUUGUCUUUAUUUCUGGUUAAAUAGGAUUUACUCUUCUGGAGCACAAUAAAUGAUUUUAUUAAGCUGAA